ACUUUUGUGUACCCGUACAAAUAAUAAUAAUAAUAUGUAGAUGCUCGAAUGGCGUAUUUCUAGCCUCAAGGCGCCUUACCUGAGCCUUACUCUAAAAGGGACGAUAGCUAUGAGACCAAGAUSGAACAAAACAGUAGUCGGGUUCAGAAGGUGCAAUGGGGACGAAAGCAUAUCGAAUAUCCAACAGUCGACACAUGUUUGAAGUUCCACAAGGUCGUACUUCUGGCAUGUUUACACUACAUUAUUAUAGAUUACGUUUCUUAUUAAGCAACUAAAACGAUGAUGACCACGACUCUGCAACCGCACGGUUACGGUACGAGGGUUCGGUAUGCUGUAGCAUUCAAAUGGGGUACUGACUUUGAAGGUUGAGUUCAUGCACUACAUAUGCUUGGAAAACAUAAUUCGCUAGGUCAAAUAGCAAGCCCUUACUAAAUAACUGCACACAUGUAACGCAAGGCUUCGAAGCGUAGGCAAUUUUGUUUUCCUAGUUUUGUUAAGCGUACCAAUUGAAACCUCACAGAUAACUUCAACGUCGUUAAGUAAGGUAGCUGUGAGCUACGAUCGACGCUGAAAACAUUUAAAAAAAAUUUCGGUCCAUCAUCGUGUUGACUGUAUGGGCACCCUGCGUCUUGGAUGGUAGAUCUUGAAAUGUCCAUCUAAGGGACCAUUGUUCUUUGAAUGAGUGUGCGUUAGUUGUUGACAGCGGGAAUGUUAAUUGGAUUCUGCGUAUUACUGGCAGUAUUUCGCGGGCGAUCGAUCGAUGUUAAGACAUAAGACUUAGAGCCCAUACCAAUCCAUUCUCCUUCCAGACACAUGAACAGCUCAUGUUCCAGUGAAAAAAAUGUAAAUUUUGAGGAAGCAUUUAACAGAAAGAUAGAGCAUCUUCUCAGUGAGAAAGGACAAUCUGACUAUAAUCAACUGAAAAAGCCUUCUACUUCCUCCAGUAAUUUGUCAUUAUCAACAGAUUAUCUUCAAACUUCUUCCCCCCAACCAUUUGUUUCUGUUACAAGAAAAGAGGAUAAAACUACGAAGGAUAAUUCCAUUAUAGAAAUGUCUGUAGAGACCUCYCUUGACAAUGAUACAACAGAUGAACCUGUUGAAUUUUCACUGUCAGUAAAUGAUGAACUAAUCCUUUCAGACCAGUCCCUUGAUUCUUCCAGUUCAAACGCCUCUCCAUCUGCUGCAGACAACACUAAGAACAUUGAUGUCCAGGCAGGCCCAUCAAUGAUUAUUAGCAUUAAUUCUGUGCCCUCUAGAUUUCCAAAGAGAAGAAGAUCUUCCCUGGAUGAGAAAAACAAACCUCCUCCCCCCAAAACAGUAAAAAUAGCACCUUUUAACCGAGCACCAUCUGGUGGUAGCUUGUCAUUUCCCCAUGAAACUGGACAACCAGAGAUAGGAGCAGUUGCUGAUGGCGGUAAAAGCUUGAUUUGUCAUGCUGUGCCUUUAACUGCAAAUAUGAUUUCAAAAACAAGAAAGCCACCAGGGACAGAGAUGGUUUCCAUUGGAAAGGCAGAUGCUUUUGUUGCAUGUAUACCAAUGUCUUGUGAAGGAAAAUUUACCCCUAGUCAGUGUACAAUACCCAAACAAAACAAGUGCAGCUGUAAAGCUCAUAUCAAGAAACAAGUACAGGGAAUGAAUAAGAAUGAUCCUCUGGUGAUUGAUUCUGAUGAUGAUGAUGAUGAAGAAGAAGUAACAAUUGUAAAUGAAGUGAGACCACCUUCAACUACAAAUACACCUACAAAAGUGAUUUCAUCAAUUGAUAUCAAAACUCCUACAACUUCACACUCCACAGAUAUUGAUGUAACAACAACAAAUAUGACAACAGCACCAAAUAAAGAAACACCAACACAUACAGACUCACAACCCAGUGCCUUGCAAAAGGAACCUAUGGCUACUCCAUUAUCUCCCAGACAUCGAGCAAGAUUGAGUGCAGAUUUUAAGUCACAUCAAAAACCUGCUCCACAAAUAUCCUCGCAAGCUAUUAGGACUUUAGACCUUUCUACAUCAACUCAAACAUCUAUUGUUGCAACAAAAUUCAAUGACAGACUGAAGGCAAUUGAGAGAGCGGCAUCGUCCAGUGCUACAUCUGCUACAUCUGCUGUAUCUGAAUCUUCACCAUCACCUUCAUCAUCGCCAUCUUCGAAGCCUGUAGAAGAACAUGAUGUUGUUUCGAGUCCAGAUAAUCUACUAAAAAUGCUACAAGAAAUUAAAAGAGAAAGACCUUACAAAAAGUUACGCGUUACAGCUCGAAAUCUCCACCAAGCAGUCAAAAAUAACAACCUUAGUAAAGUAUUAGCUUUGCUUGUCGAGGGCUGCAAACCCAACGUACAAGUGGAAACAGAGAAAGGACGAACUGCUGUGCAUGCUGCUGCAGCUGGUGGAUUCUUGGACAUCAUAACAUGCUUAAAGAUGUCUGGUGGUGAUCUGGACGUACUGGACUAUGACAUGCGUACCCCGUUGUUCGACGCCGUUGAAAACAAUAGAAUCAAAACUGUUAUAUAUCUGAUAGAUGCUGGAGCAUCUCUGCGUGUCAAGGACCAAGGUGGGAUGACUUUACUCCAUGUCGCUGCAAGAAGAGGGCAUGACGAAAUCAUACGCAUUCUUCUGGACUCCAAAAAGUUUAAUAUCAAUCAAAAGGAUGACGGGGGGUGGACCGCGAUCAUGUGGGCAGCGGAAGACAAAAUGGUAGAAACGGCAAAACUUCUGUUACACAGAGGCGGCAAUGUUCAUCUUAGAGAUUUGGAAUUAAACAUUCCUCUUCACUGGGCAGCAUUUGCAGGGAGUUAUCAAAUGUCACUGGUGCUUCUUGAAAAUCGAUCAGACCUUCAUGCGAUUAACAGACACGGUGAAACCCCUAUACACAUCGCGGCGAGAGAAAACAACUACUCAUGCGUGCAAUUAUUUCUUAAUCGAGGAGCACGUAUUGACAUCACUAACAACGAAGGAUCAACUCCAUUACAAGUCGCUUUGCCUGAAACUAAGUCUCGCCAGCUCAUCGAAACCAAGAAGUUACUUUUGCAGUGUCAACCCCAGCCUCAAUACAGGCUGCUCAGUUGUGACAUAUCGAGGGGCCAAGAAAACGUAGCAAUCCCAUGUGUGAACGAGGUUGAUGACGAGCCGUUUCCAGAAUUCAGUUUUGUUAAGGAGUGUUGUGAAGUUGGUGGUGCGGGUAUUGAAUGGAAUAUUAACACUAUCCAGGCUUGUAUAUGCGAAGGAGAUUGUGGAAACAACCCGAACUGUUCUUGUGGUAAAAUGUGCGAUGAAGAAGUCAUCUGGUACGACAAGGAAGGGUUGCUGUGCCCGGAGAUCCACAAACUAGACCGUCCGCUUGUGUUUGAAUGUAACAAAAUGUGUAAAUGUUGGAGUUAUUGUCGCAAUCGAGUGGUUCAGAAGGGAAUGCAGUAUCCUUUGCAGUUAUUUAAAACCAAAAAGAAAGGUUGGGGUGUUCGUGCACUGUGUGCGAUUCCAAAGGGAACGUUUCUCUGUGAGUACACAGGAGAGCUGAUCUCAGAUGCCGAGGCUGACACAAGGGAAAGUGAUGCUUACCUUUUCGAUCUGGACUGCAAGGAGAGCGAACACGAACUUUAUUGUAUAGAUGGCGGUAGAUACGGUAACAUCAGUCGUUUUAUAAACCAUUCAUGUGAGCCCAAUACCAUUCCUACUCGUGCCUUCGUUGAUCAUCAGGAUAUUCGAUUCCCGCGAAUAGCAUUUUUCUCCUCAAAAGAUAUAGACAUGUAUGAAGAAGUUUGUUUUAAUUACGGAGAUCGCUUCUGGGAAGUCAAAAAAGAGGAAUUCUUCUGCCAAUGUGGGACACCUUCCUGUAACUAUAAAGCACCGAACUCAUGACACUCCACCUUGUGUUCUAGGAUCAUUAUUAUCAUCAAGGGAUAUUAUUAAUAUAUUACUUACCUCUAAUUUCAUCCCAUUGGUCCUUUGCCAAUAGUUUCUCAAUGCUGUAAAAAAAGUUUUUAUGUGUAUAUAUUUAUUAAGACAGUCAAUAUCUCGUUUUUAUUGCCUUGUUACUUUUUAUUAAAUAUUUUAUUUCAUUAUCUAAAGCGUAGCUUUACAAAAACAUUACCGACCUAGAGGAAAGUUAGAAGCCAAUGAUUCAGGUAGGCAGCUAGUACCGGACUAUGUGCUCUGGGAACAGAUGAAUGAUGAGUAAAUAAAGGAACGAAAAACGAA